AUGUCAUCUGACUUUGCCGAUUAUUCUGUUAAAAAUUAUUACUCCAUUCGAAAAAAUAAUCCAUUACUUCCUUCUUCAAUAAGAGCUUGCAUCAUAGGAAAAUCAGGAUGUGGUAAAACUAACUUGUUAAUGAAUUUACUUCUGGAUAAAUUUGAAGGAGAUGAUUAUUUAGACUAUGACAGCUUGUAUAUAUUUUCAACUACACUUUUUCAGCCCUGUUACCAAGCACUUAUAAAUGGUUUUGAAAAUGGAUUGAGUAAAAAAGAUAUUAGAGAAUGCUUUAAGAAUCAGAAUUUUAUGGUUGAGAAAAAAGAUAAACAAGAAAUAACUAUUCACACUUCAGAUAGUUUAGAUAAUAUUCCUGAUCCAAGUUCUAUUGAUCCUAAUAAAAAGACUCUAAUAAUAUUUGAUGACUUGAUGUUGGAGAAACAAAAUAAAAUAGAACAGUACUACACUAGAGGUAGACAUAAUAACAUUGAUUGUUUUUACAUUUCUCAAAACUAUAUUAAACUGCCUAAGAAUACUAUCAGAGAGAAUGCAAAUUUGUUUAUAGUGUUUCCUCAAGACAAGUUGAAUUUGGAUUACAUUUAUAGAGAUCAUUGUAGUGAAUUAGAUAAAGAAAGAUUUUUAGAGAUGACUUCUGAGAUUUGGAAAGAGAAAUAUUCUUUUUUGAUUAUUGAUAAGACUAGUGAAGCAGAUAGUGUAAAAGGUAUAAAUCACCUCAAAAAAGAGACUAGUGAUGAAGACAGUGGUUAG